CCUAACAGGUAGCUGCAACUACCUUAUGUUGUAAAACCAGAAAGCAAACCUACGGCAGUUGCAGUUUCCAGGCUGCCAGUGUCAGAAAGGGAAGGAAUCAGCUGUAAAAUAAACAAACCACAAUCAAAAUAAGUCCAUAACCCAUUUAUCAUCCGAAAUGCCUCCAGCUCCCUACAUAUACCACUAUACCACUUUAACAACGUGCGACAUCAACCGCCUCAUCUAUAUUGCCUACAGCAUAUCUAGUGCAUAGUAGUAGAACAUCACACACAAUACAACAAAGUACAUUCAUGGAUACCACAGUAAUAAUGCCCGACACAACCAUCCGUCUUCCCCACAAACCCGAUGCCCCGCUGUCCUACCAAUUUCGGCCAGGCAAGGGUUGGCUAUCCAGCACCCACCUAAUCGUCUUCCUCAACGGCCUGAUCUUGUUGCAAGACGACUGGCGGCCCACCAUCCGCAGCCUCCAGAAUCGAUGGGCCAAGAGGAACGUUCACAAUCACCCCGCGAUACUGACCUACGACCGCUACGGACAAGGUGCCUCAGCACGGGACCCAUCGGACGCUUCAAACGAUGGCACGCACACCAUCACCGAAGUCGUCAGCGACCUACACGAGCUCAUACUCGAGGUCUGGCGUACAAGAGUCAUCUGGGAACAAAGACGGCGUCCGGGCUGGAGGGAGCCGAAGUCAGAGCCGAACCUGAUCCUCGUGGGGAAUAGUAUCGGCUGCGUGAUCGCACGGCUGUACACAAGCAAGUAUCCCGGCAUCGUCGAGGCUCUGCUCUUCCUCGACAGCAACAUCGCGAACAGCGAUCAGGUCUCCCUCUUCCCAGACCCGGACUCCCCCUCCUUCGACCCGAGAGUCCUCCCCUUCGGCACAACCGUCGAUGAACUCCGGCGUGUCCGCGAGGGGUAUCGCUCGCUCUUCCACCCCUCCGUGGCGAAUCCAGAACACCUCGACCGCAGCUCCAUCGCGGACUUGCUGCCCGAGUCCUGGAAGCCGAAGCUAGUGGGAGCCGGGGAGCCGGGGGAGGAGGUGAGGGGCCCGUUGAUUACGGUUGUGGGUCAUGAUUGGAAUACCUUUGCGGAUGAGGGGUUGCACGGGAAGCUGCACGUGCCGAAGAAUAUGACGAACAGGUUUGUGAACCCGGCUUGGAACCGGUAUAAUGAGGGUCUUGUGCACUUGACGGAUCAGCUGAGGGCGAGGGGACCGAUUACGGCGGUUGGGUGUGGUCAUUUUAUCCAGAGAGAUGAUCCGGCGCUGGUUGCGCAGUUGAUACAGGAUACUCUGGCGAAGAUGGGUUGGGCUUAGUAGGCUGGUAGGGUUGUGGUGGAUGGGGGUGUGAAGGUGUAGGUGUGUAUCGUGGGUUUGGGUCAGCGGUGGUGGGUUAGCGAUUGCAUUUUCUACGACGGCUUGCUUUGGUCACGGUUUACUACGUGUAUUAUGUCUAACAUGACUUCACGAGCAACGUUUCUAGUUAUGAAAGUACCUAGCGUUCUAUCUAUUUCUAUUCCUUGGGUACUAGCUAUUAGGUCCUACCUACCUUAGGUAAAAGUUACGCGUAAGUGGUUUAUUAUAUGAUACCCGAAUCAAAUG